CACCAACCACUGUGAAGCACGCUGAAAUGUUUACGGCGAGGCUCAUUGACUCUAUCUAUGUACUCGGAAAUAUGAAGCUAAUGAACGUUAUCUGAAAUCUUAUAACGGAGACGAAAAACAAGUAAAUAGCUAUAUAUAACACUUUUAAUAGCUAAAAUCGAUUUAUUGGGUAGUUUCUUGUGAUAAUGGAACUUCCAUGUAGCAGCUGUUAAAUUUAAGCGAAACGUUUUAGUUACAAAGUCUAGAGAAAACAUGUCAUCUUCAAUAGUAGUUCCUGUAAUUGAUGUCCAUAGUAACAAUUUCAAAGAACUAUGGCCAGCCAUGGUGGUUGCAAUUAAAACAUCAUCCUUCAUUGCGCUUGACACGGAACUGAGUGGUCUGGGAAACAGAAAGUCCCUGUUGGCUGAAUCAAUAGAGGACAGAUACAAAGCAAUAUGUCACGCUGCUCGCUCUCGCUCCAUCCUGUCUUUGGGAAUUGCGUGUUACAAGAAGCUGGACCAAAAGCCUCCAGACUCCUACCUGGUCCAGGUGUACAACCUCACCCUGUUGUGUUCAGAGGAGUACAUCAUAGAGCCGCAGUCGGUCCAGUUUCUGGUGCAGCACGGGUUUGACUUUAACAAGCAGUACGGCAGUGGGAUCCCUUACUGCAAGGGCAACAAUAAGGGAGGUUCAGACGACCGUGGGGUCCACAUCCGGACUUUGUUUAUUGAGCUGCUGCGAGCCAGGAAGGCCCUGGUGCUACACAACGGCCUCAUCGACAUGGCCUUCCUCUACCAGAGUUUUUAUGCCCACCUCCCCGAGCGGCUGGCCACCUUCACAGCCGACCUGUCGGAGAUGUUUCCCGCUGGGAUUUACGACACCAAAUACGUGACUGAAUUUGAGCUCCGGCUGACCGCCUCCUAUCUGGAGUACGCCUACAAGAAAUGCAAGCUGGAAAACAGCCGCAGUGUCACAUCUGGCUCAGCUGGACCUCACGUCCACCUGGAAUUUUGCCAGUACGCGGGUGAUUUGUCCACCUACGUCGACUACAGACAAUGUCCGGCCGUAACAUCCAUAGAGGGACAGACGGAUGUCUGCCAGCGCUUCUCAGCUUUCGGCUGGUGUCCAAACGGCACCAAGUGCCCGUUGUCCCACGACACAGACCUGAUCAUCCUGCAGGAUGAGAAAUGCAAAGAUGACAAAAGGAAAAGGCGGAAGAGACGCAGGGAAAAGAAAGGAGCAUCGGAUACAGCCGAGGACUGCUCCGCCUUUGACGGCACCCCAAAGAAUAAAAUACCAAACAUGGAAGCGGACAAGGAAGAAGCAGCAGGUGACCAAAUGGAGGUGCACGAAGAAUCAUGCACCGAUGGAAACUCUCACGUGGACGACGGGCAGGACACGAAAAACGACAAUGGAGAAGGAAACGGAGUCGGUGAAGAAAGGAACCCCGGAGACUCUGCGGUGAGCGCCGGAGAAGGUACCGGCGUCCGUUCUAAGUCGAAGAAGAAACAUGACGCAUCUUCGCCCUAUGCUUCGUCAAGAAGGCGGAAGGAGGAGUCGGAGGAGUCCUGGCUCCCCGUCUGCGUCAAUAAGAUCUAUCUCAGCGGCAAGGCAGCUCCCCUCAAUGUGGUGAAAAGCACCUUUGCCAAGUCAUCCAAGGCCCACAUUCAGAAGAUGGAGAUGGUGUGGGGGCAGAAGAUGUAGCUCAGUUUCUCUGUAACGUCCGGUCGGUCAUUUUAUCUUACAAGAUGAGGUUAAUAGUAUUCUUUUUAUUAUUUUGGCAACAUCUGAUUGGAUUUGUGUUAAAAUUUGAGGAACUAUCUGAGACUGGUCGGUCCUACGAGUGUUAUCAAUCAUUGAUAAAUUCAUGUUAACGAAGAAUAUGAUAGAUGACAUCGUUUUGUUAUCACAAUUUUCUUUAAGCAGUUACCAUUCUUCAAAAAAUAGAUCAAAAUGUUUGGAUCAGAGCAUUCUCCUCCUCUGUUCAUCGAAUUAAAAGCAUUUUCUUAAAUUCAAGUGACAACCCAAUUAAUUAUCUGACAUUUCGCUGGAAAUAAGUUGUUUGGCAUCCACAAUUACAACAAUUCAUAUUUGUUACCUCUCAUUUCUCCUGGUAAUUAAAACCUUAUGAACACUCUGAAA